CAUCGCACCCUUUCAGUCACGCCGCUUCAGUCCUGAAACUUCAGUCAGCCGUGUUGUGAAAAUGUUUCGACACUUUCUGACCAUUCAACAGCUUUCCAGAAGGCAGAUCUCCAGCACUGUCCACAGGCAGAUGGCCAACAAGGUACCCGACAAACAGAAGCUGUUUCAGGAGGCCAAUGGGGUUCCAAUUCAUCUGAAAGGAGGAGUCGGGGAUGCUGUUUUGUACCGGGCAACUAUGAGUCUCACAGUUGUGGGAACGGUGUUCGUCAUGUAUGAACUAUUGAAAGCAGCUGUCCCUCAGAAGAAGGACUGAUGUUUGCCGAACAAUACACACAGUAUAUUUAAUCCUUAAUUUGAGAGGUAGAAGGGACCAAUAUGAUAUAAAUAACCUGUGACUGUUAUAAACAGACAUAUUCUGAUUGUUUUAUUUUACUCCGUGAUGAUUGCAAAAAGCUAGCAUUAAAAUAAAAAAAUCUAUUUUGCAAUAAGAAAAA